AUGGAUGAAGAUGAAAUAGAGGGAGAGAGAGAGAAAUAAGAUUUGUAUGAGGAUUUGAUCAAUAAUGAUACAAGAAAUGAAACUAAGCCUGAACCUAUUGCAUUACCCACACCAGUAUCCGUCAAAAUUUUAGAGAACUUAUCUCGAUAGUUUAAUCCUAAUUCUAUCAAAAGAAAGAGAGAGAUUUAUCAUCUUUAUCGUCCAUUAUUAUGA